AUGUCGCUGGUUCAGCUUUAUAUUGGGACAGAGAUUGGUAGAGACGUUGUUUCUGCGUUGGGCGAGGUCGGGAUUUUGCAAUUGCGUGAUUUGAAUGCCAAGGUUAGUGCUUUUCAGCGUAGUUUUGUCAAGGAGAUCCGCAGGCUAGAUAAUGCUGAGAGACAGUUGAGACUUUUCAGUAAACAGCUUGAGAAAGAAGGCAUUUUAGCUGGUCCCGCUCCAGAUGAUGUUCCAGUGGCUGCGAAACCAAGCGAUGUGGACGAAUUGUUGAGUCGUUUGGAUGGUUUGGAAGAACGUAUUUUACAAUUGAAUGAUUCGGAAGAAACGCUGUUGAAGAGACAGAUGCAGUUGACAGAACUGCGUCAUGUUAUUUUCGCUUCAAAUAAUUUUUUCAGUCAGGAAAGAAGCAAUGAAGCUGUUUUGAGCUCGGUUCAACAUGACGAUGAUGCGGAAUUGUUGGAUAAUGAUAACGAGGAUUCUCCUUUGUUGAGUACUGGUCAAGACGCACUUCAUCCUCCUACUGCAGGCCAUGCUCUUCGUAGGAGAAAUAGCUUUUCGGCUAGAAACGUCAGUUUUGUUUCGGGAGUUAUUGCUAGAAAGAAUAUUUCUGCUUUGGCUAGAAUUCUUUGGAGAGCUUUGAGAGGUAAUUUGUAUAUUUCAUUUGGCGAAAUCGACGAGCCUAUUUAUGAUCCCAAGACAAAGGGGUUGGUCGAUAAGAGCUACUUUAUUGUGUUUACUCAUGGUAUUGAUUUGGUCAGUAAGGUCAAGAAGAUCUCUGAGGCUUUAGAGGCUGAUCUGUAUCCUAUUGACGAGGCACCGGAACUGCGUCGUGAACAUUUGACCGAGGUCAAUAAACAGUUGGAAGAUAUUAAUUCGGUUGUGGCUAAUACUAAGAGCACACUUCACUCGGAAUUGUCGAUUAUUUCUAGCAAGAUUUCGUACUGGUCGGUUGUAGUUGCUAAGGAAAAGGCCAUUUAUCAAGCGUUGAAUCUGUUUUUGUACGAUCAGAAUCGAAAGUCGUUGAUUGGUGAAGGUUGGAUUCCGACUGAUGAAGUCGCUAAUGUACAAUCUUUAUUGAGAAAUAUUUCUGAUCGUGCUGGUGUCGAGGUUCCAUCGAUUUUGAAUCUUCUUGAUACUAAUAAGACACCUCCUACAUUCCAUCGAACUAACAAGUUCACUGCUGCUUUCCAGGCUAUUGUCGAUGUAUAUGCCAUUGCUACGUACCAGGAAGUGAAUCCCGGUCUUCCUACUGUGAUUACUUUCCCGUUUAUGUUUGCCAUUAUGUUUGGUGAUUUGGGACACGGAUUUAUUCUGUUUUUGGCGGCUCUUGCCCUUGUUUUGAACGAAACCAAGAUUGGUAAAAUGAAGAACCGUGACGAGAUCUUUGAUAUGGCUUAUAGUGGAAGAUACAUUCUGCUGUUGAUGGGUAUUUUCUCGAUGUAUACAGGUUUCAUGUAUAACGAUUUGUUUUCGAAGUCGAUGACUCUGUUCCAGUCAGGCUGGCAAUGGCCCGAAUCUUGGAACGAGGGCGAUGCUAUUGAAGCCCAUUCUGUGGGUGUUUAUCCGUUUGGUUUGGAUCCUGCCUGGCACGGAACCGAAAACAACCUGCUAUUCACCAAUUCGUACAAAAUGAAGCUGUCCAUUCUCAUGGGAUACUUGCACAUGUCGUACAGUUACAUGUUUUCGCUUGUCAAUGCCGUUUACUUCAAGUCUGCUAUUGAUAUCUGGGGUAACUUUGUUCCCGGUCUGCUGUUCAUGCAGGGCAUUUUCGGAUACCUGUCUCUGUCUAUUGUGUAUAAGUGGACAGUUGAUUGGGUGGCUAUUGGCGAGCGACCUCCUGGUCUGUUGAACAUGCUUAUUGGUAUGUUCCUUUCGCCAGGAACUGUCGAGGAGAAGUUGUACCCUGGACAAGCCGUGGUUCAGAACUUCCUGGUCAUUGUCGCGCUUAUUUGUGUUCCCUGGCUGCUUCUUUUGAAGCCUUUGUACCUCCGUCACAAGAUGCAACAGCAUACUUAUGAAGCUGUAUCUGAAGAAGAAGGACACGGUCAUGCCAACGGCAAUGGCCACGCUCAAAUCGAGGGUAGUUCUGGCAAUCCUGAUGCUCAAGGUGACGAUGACGACGACGAGGAAGGCGAGGGCCAUAGCGAGGCGUUUGGUGAUAUCAUGAUCCACCAGGUCAUUCAUACCAUUGAAUUCUGUUUGAACUGUGUUUCCCACACCGCCUCGUACCUCCGUCUGUGGGCCCUGUCAUUGGCUCACUCGCAACUGUCGUCUGUUCUGUGGUCCAUGACCAUUCAAUCGGCCUUUGGCAUGUCGGGCAUUGUCGGUGUGUUUAUGACCGUGUUCCUGUUCUUCCUGUGGUUCACCCUGACCGUCGCCGUCCUGGUCGUCAUGGAGGGAACCUCGGCCAUGCUCCACUCUCUGCGUCUGCACUGGGUCGAGUCCAUGUCCAAGUUCUUCGAGGGAGAAGGCAAGCCCUACACCCCCUUCUCCUUCAAAACAAUCCUCGAAGAACCAUCUGUUUAA